CAGGAAUCCCCCAUACUGAGCAGCGUAACCCUACCCUCCAAAUCUCUCUCUCUUUCUCCCCACCCCAACGGCCCAAUGCCUAACGCCAUAUCCACAACAUCUGUAACCCCUUUCAACCUCUCAAAACCAAGAUUAAAAUCCUUAUCAAACUCUACCAGGCUCACUCACUUUCCCUUCAAGAGCUUCGCUCUACCCCAAAAGCAGCAGCAGCAGCAGCAGCAGCAGCAGCAGCAGGAGGAGGAGGAGGAGGACGAGAAGGAAUCAUCAUCAGAUUGGAAAUCGAGGAGGGGCAGUUCACAGCUGAGCAGAUGGUCCAGAGCCAGAGCCGUGCGCUCUGGCCGACGAUUGAGCCGAUCUCCGCCCAUUAACAGCAACCAACAAGAGUCCACUUCUUCUUCUACUGCAUUAGCUGAGAUAUCAGUGAGGGAAGGUGAGAAGAGUGAGUUUUAUGAUAAUGAGGAGGAGAGGGAAGCAGAAGAGGGGAGUGGAGGAAAGGCGAUAUACAUGGUGUCCGACGGGACGGGGUGGACUGCUGAGCACUCUGUUACAGCGGCGUUGGGGCAGUUUGAACACUGUUUGGUUGAUAGGGGUUGCCCCGUCAACACCCACCUUUUCUCUGGAAUUGACGAUCUCCAUCCCCUAAUGGAGAUCAUAAAACAAGCAGCAAGAGAGGGAGCUCUUGUCCUGUACACUCUCGCCGACUCCUCCUUAGCUGAGGCUGCCCAGAAGGCUUGCGAGCUAUGGGGCGUUCCCUCCAAGGACAUCCUCCGCCCAACAACAGAGGCCAUUGCUGCCCACCUCGGAGUCUCCCCCUCAGGCAUUCCGCGUGGUGCACCUGGUCGCCGCCAUCACCUCACUGAAGACUACUUUAAGCGGAUUGAGGCUAUAGAGUUCACUAUCAAGCAAGAUGAUGGUGCAAUGCCUCAAAACUUGGAUCAAGCAGAUAUUGUUUUAGUGGGAGUUAGUAGGACUGGUAAGACUCCAUUGUCCAUCUACUUGUCUCAAAAGGGUUACAAGGUGGCCAAUGUGCCUAUUGUGAUGGGGGUUGAGCUCCCAAAGAAGCUCUUUGAGAUCGAUAAGGAGAAAAUUUUUGGGCUCACUAUCAGUUCUAUUGUUCUACAAACGAUACGGAGGGCUAGGGCGAAGACUCUAGGGUUUGGGGCGGAGAUGAGGAGUAAUUACUCAGAGAUGGACCAUGUGAGGGAGGAGUUGGAGUACGCUGGUCGGAUUUUUGCACAGAAUCCAAAGUGGCCAGUCAUAGAGGAGAAAAGGGGUUGCACAUAUGAGGUUUUGUGUGUGAUAGUGGAAGUCUAUAAAAGAUGCUGAAAAGUUUUGAAAUACAACUUGUAGUGGACACCAACCAUACAACCAACAUUGGUACCAGAGCUACAACUUUGCUGCUCCUUUGUUGUUUUUGAGAUGUUUUUCAGUCUAUAACUAUGCCAUGGAAUAAAUCUUAAUUAUGGUCAAGAAGAAUGUGGAGGGAUUCGACAUUGUGACCCAUCUCUUGUCAAAACGGGAAAAUCAGCAAUGGCCACAUUAUACCUCAUAAGACCAAUGAACCAGUAUACCCCAUAAGACCAAUGAACACAUGUAUGUCUUUUUCUGGGUUACAUGGAUGAUACAGCCUAAUGGAGUUCAUGGGUU